AUGCGCUGUGGGCGGCGGAGGAAGUGGAAGAGGUGGAGCUGGAGCCGGAGCGGCUGCGAAAAGCCAGAACACUGGAGGCCAUAGUGAAUGCCCUCGCCAUGUCUGGCGACACGGAGGAAGUGACGCGCCUCCGUAAGCCCAGAUUUUCUUAUGAAGAGAACCAGAUUCUUAUCAGAGAAGUGCGAGCCCAUUAUUCUAUGCUGUAUGGUGCGCAGAGCCGGCGCCUCAGUGUGGCAGAGAGACGCCGCGUGUGGGAGGGCAUCGCUGCAAAGAUCAAUGCCAUCACCAACUGGAAGCGAACGGCCCAGGAAGUGCAGAAGCGCUGGAAUGACUUUAAGAGGCGGACCAAGGAGAAGCUGGCUCGCAUCCCUCAUUCCACGCAGAAUGGGACAGCAGAGGAUGUUCUCACGGCAGAGGAGGAAACCAUCUUUGCCAUCCUGGGGCCUGGGGUAGUGCCUGGGAGGGAGUCCUAUGUCCAUGGGACACAGCUGGGAGCUAUGGACCUGCACUUACCUGGCCCCGGCUCGUCUAGUGCUGAGAACUCUCUGAGUGGCCCCUGCUGUCCUCCAGAGCCUCCGCUGCUACUUCAUCCGAAGGAAUCUGCUUCCCCAACACCUCAGCUUCGUAUAGUUCAGUUACCACAGCUGAGUCCUUCACCAGAUCCCUCAGAUGGGGACUCUCCAGAACAGCUGCCCCAAGGGUCUGCUUCUCCUUUACUUGCCCCUGCUGGUGGCGGUCAGCACUAUGACCCAACGGUUGCCAUGUUGAGAGCUCAGCAAGAAACAGUUGAAGCUAUUCGGCACCUAACCUAUACCCUGCGGCAAAGUAUGGACCGUUUGACCAAUGUGCUGGCCACCCUAUUGCCUCUCAUACCUCCCCAGCCAGCUUCACCGGACCCCUCAGCCCUUAUUGAUCCUGUUUACUUUCCCACAAAGACAGAGCCAGAGUCUGAACCAUGUUCUGUCAAUUAUGAGGUAGAACGUCAUGAGGAACCUGGAGAUGAUGCCCUGGAGACUACAGAAGAACCGCCUCAGCCUCCAUCCCCCCCUCCUCCCAAUAAAAGAAAGAGAUUUUCCUACCUGAAUCCACGUAAGCGCAGAGGCCGCUGGAAAAACGUAUAAAUGCUGGUGAACUGUGCGAGGAGGCCCCGCGCUUCAGGAUGCCUUCUCAUCAACGUUAUUCCCCAGAUAGAAAAGGCUGAAAUCUUCCCGCAGACUCCAUGUUUGUUUCUGUGUUUGAAUUGCGACUCUCACAAUCCACUUGUUGUAGGAAUUGUCGGAGAUGGUAUAGCAUGAGGGCCUCAAUGUCCUGCUCCUGGUGAUGAAGGUACGAGCAGCCGUGAGGAGUUGGCCUGUAGAUGUGGGUCUUCCAUGCUGAUCUCUCGUCGGUGGGUGGUUCAGGGCUGCUUAGAGGAAGGUUCUUAAUAAAGGCACAUUGGGCCCAAGGUUGUUAGCGGGGCAUGACGUGUCCCUCAUGUGCUGAAGCUUCUACGGGUGUCUUGGUGACUCUGGAUUCAGAUGAGGGAUAUGAAUGGGGGGCUGCCUGUCCAGCAUUUGUUUCCUGUUGCUCUCAGGUUUUUUAUGGGAAUGUUCCAUAUUGUAAGUGACUUAUCCAAUCCUGUCCUCCUCUCUCUCCAUUCAUGUGGCUAUUCCAGACAGCAAUAUAUCUGCAUCCUCACUAAUGGCUUCCCUGCCUCGUUACACAAUUAGAGGGUUGGGAGCAUGGAUUCUGUAUGUAAAUAACAUAUUAAAAGCUUCUGAUUCCUAA